AUGGCAGCUUCUACUACACGCAAUGUCGAGGUACGGGGAAACACAAGCAGGUCCGUUGGCCUGAUCGGCAUGGGCGACAUGGGCAAGAUGUAUGCGCGCUGCAUCGCCGGCGCCGGGUGGAGAGUCAAUGCCUGCGACCGCGCCGAAAAGUAUGAAGCGCUGAAGGGGGAGUUUGCAGAGAUCGAAAACAUCCACAUCUACGUCAACGGGCACUUUGUCGCGCGCCAGAGCGACUAUAUCAUCUACUGCGUUGAGGCUGAGCUCAUUGACGCUGUCGUCGCCGCAUAUGGGCCCUCGACGAAACUCGGAGCUAUAGUCGGCGGACAGACAUCUUGUAAGGCACCGGAGAUUAAGGCGUUUGAGAAGCAUCUGCCGUCGGAUGUCGAGAUUGUGUCAUGCCACUCGCUGCAUGGGCCGAGUGUGAAUCCUGCCGGACAGCCACUGGUAUUGAUCCGGCACCGGUCGUCUGAUGCGAGCUUUGCGCUGGUUGAGCAGAUCCUGUCGUGCUUCCGGUCAAAGUUUGUCUAUUUGACCGCAGAGGAGCACGAUCGCAUUACCGCCGACACGCAAGCCGUGACACAUGCGGCAUUUUUGAGCAUGGGCACGGCCUGGCACGCAAACAACCAGUUCCCCUGGGAAGUCACGAAAUGGCGUAGCGGCAUCGAGAACAUCAAGAUUAACAUCACACUGCGCAUCUACAGCAACAAAUGGCACGUCUAUGCCGGCCUCGCAAUCCUCAAUCCGGCGGCCCAACAACAGAUCCGCCAAUAUGCCACCUCCGUCACCGAGUUGUUCAAGCUCAUCCUUGAGGGCAAGCGGCAAGAGUUCGAGACGCGCAUUCGCACGGCCGGCGAGUUCGUCUUCGGGAAGCAGCGGGACAAGCUGCUGCUGCGCGACGACAUCCUCGACCAGUUCUCGCUCAGCGGGGUGCCGAAAGCCGAGAGGAAGCCGAAUAGCCAUCUGUCGCUACUGGGAAUGGUCGAUUGUUGGUGGAAGUGCAAUAUUGUGCCCUAUGAUCACAUGAUAUGCUCCACACCUCUGUUCCGGCUGUGGCUGGGUGCAACCGAGUAUCUCUUCCGCCAGCCCGAUCUGCUGGACGACUGCAUCCGCUUUGCGCUUGACGACGAUUCCUUCCGCUCCGACGAUCUGGAGUUUACGUUUGCCGCGCGGGGCUGGAGCGACGCCGUCUCCUUCGGCGACUUCAAUUCCUACCGGCUCCGCUUUGAGAAGCCACAGGAAUACUUUGCCCCCCGCUUCCCCGAGGCCACAAAGCUGGGUAACGAGAUGAUCAAGACUAUCCUGCAGAGGAUGAAGUCUGUAGAAGAAGCCGGCACUUCUGCAACUACUACUGCUGCGAGUGCUUCAUAG